AUGGAUAAUGACAGGGGAAAAGCGACAUGGGAUUAUUACACGACAAAAAUUCUAAUCGAUGUUUGUGCCAAGCAAAUAGUGCACAAAGAAAGACAAGGAACAUCGUUUACAAGACCUGGUUGGGGGAAAAUUGAAAAGAAUUUUCGGGAAAGGAGCGGGAAAAUGUAUGACAGGAGGCAACUGAAGAACAGAUUUGAUGUAUUGAGAAAAGAUUGGAAGUUGUGGGAAAAACUGAUGUCGGGGGAGACUGGCAUUGGUUAUGAUGCAGCCACAAAUAGGGUGGACCCUAAUUUUAAGAAAUUUAGACAUCAGGGGUUGAUGUUUGCAUCAGAUCUGAUGAAAAUAUUCAGAGAUGUUGUGGCUUCGAGAGAGUAUGCGUACGCACCAUCAGCCUCACAGCCUCAGCCAGCGUUUGCUCCACAGCCUGACAUAGAAGAGGAGGAGGAUGUUUAUAGAGUGGCCAGUGCAGGGUUCACAGAUGACUUCGCUGCUUGCAACAUAAACAACCCCGCAAGUACUGGACCAAGUGGCUCAGGAAGCUAUGGAAAGAGAAAGAGGGGUGAGACAUCAUAUGCAAAGAAGAAGAAGAAAGUUGCUGCAUCUACAUUAAUUUCUGAUAGCCUGAGUGUCAUAGCAGCUGCUUCUGACAAGCGAGCAGCAGCAUUGGUUGAAGAUCCCCAAGUAGUUGAUAAGGUUUUGGCACACCUGACUACUGUUGAGGAGCUUAAUGAUGACAAUCAACUAUAUUAUGCAUGUGCCAAGAUGCUUACGCGGUUGAGGUGGGCUAGGCGAGCCUAUUUGGGGUUUAUGCAUGAUAGAAGCAAGUUGUUGGCGUGGUUGAUACCGGCAGCACAAGACCCAGACACAUGGAAGUGA